AUGUCUGCCAUAUACAAGUCUCUGUCUAAAGGAUCUUCUUCUAAUAAUGAUGAGUCCAAUAAUACUAACUCUUCUGAAUUUAAGAACCGCCAGCGUGUGCUCAUCAUCUGCUCGCGGGGGACUACCUUUCGUCACAGACACCUGGUCAACGAUCUGGCAAGCAUGAUGCCCCAUGGCCGUAAGGAAGCCAAGUUUGAUCACAAGUCUCAGCUUCAAGAACUCAAUGAAGUUGCUGAACUCUACAACUGCAACAAUAUUUUGUACUUUGAGGCACGCAAGCAUCUCGAUCUUUACAUGUGGCUGUCUAAGGCCCCCAACGGCCCUUCAGCCAAAUUCCACGUCCAAAACAUGCACACCAUGGAUGAACUCAACUUUACCGGUAACUGUCUCAAGGGCUCGCGUCCCAUUCUCUCUUUUGACAAGACCUUCGACACUACUCCAGAGUAUCAACUCCUUAAAGAAAUGUUCCUCCAUACUUUUGGCGUCCCACCCAAGGCUCGCAAGUCCAAGCCCUUCAUUGAUCACGUCCUUACUCUUAGCAUAGUCGAUAACAAAAUCUGGUUCCGCAACUACCAAAUCGCUGAAAAAACCCCAGACACUGCCGCAGAUAAGCGUGCUGCUGGUGAAGACGAGACUGAGCUCAGUCUCGUUGAAAUUGGCCCCCGUUUUGUCCUGACCCUCAUCACCAUCCUCGAAGGCUCUUUUGGUGGCCCAGUCAUUUACGAAAAUAAGGAGUACGUUUCGCCAAAUGCUGUCCGUGCCCAACUCAAGGCUCAAGACAAGGCUAAGGCUGAGGCCCGCGACUCUGCUGCGCUGCAGCGCCGCGUUCUGCAGCGUGAAAACGCGCUGGCUGAGGAUCCUCUUUCACAAAAGGCUGUGUUCAAAUAG